GACCUUCAACCGCCCUUUCUCCUAUAAAACCGGAAUCCCUCCAAUUUCCAGUUUCGCAACUUCCGUUCCUUAACUAAGAUCUCUGAUCACACAGCGAUGGCGAGCCUGAGAAGAGCCCUCUUCAACGCCCACCAAAUCCUAAAGUCCUCUGCUUUAUCCGCUCGAACAGAGACCCUUCUAAGACCGCAAUAUGGAUGGGUUUCUCGAUUUUCUUCCUCUGAUAUUAGCAGCACUCGAUCAUUAGACAUGGACCUCUCUAAUGAAGAAAGCAAAAGGCGUCUAUUUAACAGACUGUUGUAUAGGAGCAGACAGAGAGGGUUUUUGGAACUGGAUUUGGUUCUUGGUAAAUGGGUGGAGGAGAAUGUCCAUUCCAUGGAUGAAAAUGGAAUUAAAUCCCUUGUUCAUGUUCUUGAUUUGGUUAUGUAUCCUUCCUUCUUGAGUUAAGUAACUAUUUUGAAGUUUUUAUUGCUUUUUUUUUUUUAUCAGCGUUGUUGCGUAAUUAACAUUAAGCAUAUAG